ACAACGAAUGUCGACGUCAGGAACCGAGUGGAGAAAACGCGACGAGAAUAUCUGAAGUUGCGGAAACCCUACGCAAACAGAGCGAGGCAAGAGAUAUUUAUUCUUUUCACGUCGACCCUUCCCUUUCCAUGUCUGUGUUCAGACGUUUCUUGGAAGCCAGGCGUUCUCUGGUUCCUUCAUCGUCAACUACGUAGAAUCUUCGCGGCAAUUAUUUUGGUGUAUUUCACGUGAAUCUGGUCGUCUGUUUUCGGAAAUUGCACCUGAUUUCUGGUUUCUUUGUCUUGCCGGAUGGUAUUUCAACGAGGGUUUGCCAGAUUCAUUUGUUUUGCACUUCAGUGACCUUGAGGGUCUGUUUCUCGUGCAAAACAUUUAAUUCCAAUCUAUCUUUUAAUAAUGAUUGGAAAUCACUGAGAUAUUACGUGAUACUGUAUUAUGUUGAAUAACUGAAAGUUUCUGUGGCAACAUAUGUAAUUGAUCUGAUCUGUUGGAGCGAUUUUGAAGCAUCAACAAAGAAAGAGCGGAUUUCUCUUGCGGUUUUUUCAAAGUCGUAUUAUUUCAUACUUGGGUUUUAUUUUAUCUAGUCUUAGAGAAGCUUGAAGACAUGCCAGUUUCAGGAUAUGAAGAGCCUGGGUCUAGACCCCUUGGUCGGUAUUCUAGUGAUUCUGUUGCAGGUGUGCCUAUCAAGAAAAGAAGGUUCCCAUUUGUUCUGCCUCAGUCACCUCCAUCUCAGACAGAGUCACCACAGGCAGUGGAACCUGAUCUAUCAGAAAAAGAACAGUCCAACUUAAAGGCAGCAUCAUCUCCAAAUGCAGGUGAUGCAAGGGAGGUUUCUGGGAUUUCUGGUACCACCUGGAGUUAUUCCCUGGAAGAAAAGGGUAAUACUUCUGCUGAUUUAAAUGUUAACUUAGUCCAAAGUAAUGUUAAUCCUCUUGGAUCUGGUCUUACGGAACCAACCCAUGCAGUCUCCUGUGGUUCUGGUGCUGAAAAGGGCGACAAACAGGAAGUUGCAGUUGCUAAUAAGUCUGUCUCCGCAAAUAUUCCAGGAAAUAUUGAGCUACAGUUGGCACAGAAUGCUGCUACCACACUGGGAAUGGUGGUAGAAGCAAGUGGGAAGGAUAAACUUGCGAUGGAUGAUGAUUCUAAUCUUUUGAAAUCUCCAGGUAACACCAAAUUAUUAUUAGUGCCCAUGGAACCCAUGGUUGCAGUUACGGAAAGUCAAAAUAACCAAGGGAGUUGUGGAAAGCAGGAACUGAUUAAUCCCUGUUCUUGGAAUUUGGCUUCAGCUGAGGCUGAGACUGAGACUGAUGUAAAGAACAAAAGUAAUGUUGCUAAGUCAACAAUUAUUGGUACUCUUUCAUGUGCUAACAGGUCCAAUUGGGAUUUGAAUACUAUGAUGGACACAUGGGAAGGCUUUAUGAAUGAUGUGGCUACUUCUUACAAAUUAGGUGGUGUUGACGGGUUGGGUGGAGCUGCAUCACAUGAUUCUAAGCCUGUGAUGUCUUCAGCUGGGAUGGCCUUUAGGGAAUCAGAAAGCACCCGUGUUACUACAAGGAAAUACAUCCCGGAUAGAGAAAAGUCCACACUCCACAGCUUUUCCAACCUUCAUAAUCAACAACCUAUGUCUGAUGAUCUCCUUAAUCUGUGCCUUAGUCCAUCGAGUCUCCAGUCAAGUUUCACUCGUGAACAAUCCUGUAUGCAAAGGAAAGUAGAUUCCAAGGGAGUAGAAACUAACUUGAGAUUAUCUGAAUCACUUGUAUCGCCAUUCAUCAAAUCCAAUUUGAUGGGUUGCAGCACUGUAAAAUCUGAGCCAUUUGAUGAGGUUAAUAGGCAGGACUUUAAGGUUGCAAGUGCUAGCUCUGUGAAAUUACCGAAUAUUCAAAUUAUAAAAUCUGAACCAUUAGAGAAUUACAGCCAAGAAUCCCUCAAAUUAUUGAAUUUAAGCAAUAUGAGAUUGCAAGACCAUGAGUUUGUAAGUUCUGAGCCAGUUUAUGGAAGUAGUCAAGAAAUCCUUAAGGCAGUGCAAGAAAUACCAAGGCAAUUAGAGCAGGCAACAUGUACUGCCACUGUACCUUUAAGUGGGGAUAGAUUACACAGUUUGGAAAUUCCUACCUGUAGCAUGGAAACACAGUGUACAGGAGGAAUGUCACAUCCUGUGGAGUCUCAUACUUCUUUGGUGGGUUUUCCAACUGGUGUGGAUGUCUCCAGGCAGUCAGAUUUUCCUUCUUAUAUGAAGGAAACACAUGUUAAAGAGGAAGAUGUGACACCAGAAGCGUGUGAAAAUCUUGGUGGGGUCAAUACAGGUGUGGCAUCUGAAUCUGUUGUAGGUUUUCCUACUGGUGUGGAUGUCUCCAGGCAGUCAGAUUUUCCUUCUUGUAUGAAGGAAACACAUGUUAAAGAGGAAGAUGUGACACCAGAAGCGUGUGAAAAUCUUGGUGGGGUCAAUACAGGUGUGGCAUCUGAAUCUGUUGUAGGUUUUCCUACUGGUGUGGAUGUCUCCAGGCAGUCAGAUUUUCCUUCUUGUAUGAAGGAAACACAUGUUAAAGAGGAAGAUGUGACACCAGAAGCGUGUGAAAAUCUUGGUGGGGUCAAUACAGGUGUGGCAUCUGAAUCUGUUGUUCCUAAUUCUAAGGAGGCAAACACUGGAGUUGUCAUGGGAGCUGCUUCAGAAACAAAAGGUUCAGCUGGUGUUGAUCUCAAUUCAUCCAGAUUAAGAUUGACUCAUGAGCAGCUUCAGUGUGGUGAGGAAGCUGAGAGUGAUGAGGAAAAGAUCAACUUUUCUGCUGAUAUGUUGGAGGAUGAUCCUUAUGAUACCGACUAUGAGUCGGAUGGUAAUCAUUCUCCGGGUGUUAUGGAUGUGGAAGAUAAACAAGCGGAAGAUGAUGAUUAUGAAGAUGGUGAGGUUCGAGAACCAUUGGUGCAUAAAGGUGAUGUGUGUGAUGAAAGAGAAAAAGAGCACAUUGAUUAUGGAGAAUCUGAAAAUAUGGAUUCUGGCAUUUGUAAUGAUAAUGUCACUACAUCAAUUGGCGAUGGCAGAGGUGCUAAAGUAGAAGAACCUGUUGAGUCAGAAAAUGCUUUUUGUGAUGGAGUAUAUGAUAGUAGUUUGCUUGAUAAAAGAAAUGAUCAAGACAUGGAUAAAGUUGCAACUUCACAAGAACCAUUGGGAGUCGAAGCGCCACCUGCAGUAUCUGCUAAAAAGGGGACAAUUAGAGCUGCUAGAAGAAAAUCACCAAACCGCUUAGGAAAGGAAGAUUGUUCAAAGGGUCAUGAGGCAGUUUUAACAUCUGAUCACGCACCGAGUGCAGGCCAAGGGACUGCCUCAGGUGAUAUUCAAAUUGAUGCAUUUAGCCAACAGGAGCAUGUCAUGGUAGCUGAGCCAGGUGAAAUGAAUCAUUUGGUUUUGCCCAAGGUAGAACCAUCUAAGGAUGGUGCUGAAGCAACUAAAGAUGCCGACAAUAGAGGAGGCACCAAAAACCGAGUUAUAAAUUUGGUUCAAGCUUCUAAUGGGUCAUCAUCAAGUAAAGUAAUAGCCAUUCCUGGCAAGUCACUGCCAUUAAGAACUGAAAAGGAAAGAUAUAGUGAUGUAGUACUCAGGGGAGAUAAAAUACCUAGUCGAGGGAAUAGAGAUGAAGGCUACAUGGAUGGAUCUCGCAAAUUUGAAAGAGAGAGAAAUCAAGAUCAGGAAGUUAGAAACUAUGGAUCUCAUUUUAUGCGUCGCAGAGGAAGGGUUGAGAACCGGUUAAACACUGUACAUGGUGAUUGGGAUUCUGAUCGUAGCUUUGGUUCAGAACACUACAAUGGUCCAACUGGUUUUCGAUUACCUAGAUCUAAAAAUGCAGCUGUGGUUGCUGCUGCUAAGCUUGAGUGCAGUGGCUUCAUUGUUGCUCCCGAUGGUACUGUUGUAGGUCCAGGCCGAGGAGGGAGGAAACCCUUGAAUGAUGAAUUGCCAGGUUUCCGUCAUCCAUUAUCUAGGAGACCAUCACCAGGGGGAAGAGGAGGUCCUGGUACACAUGUGGUUCGCAGACUACCUAGAGAUGUGAGCCCUGAUAGAUGCACUGGCGCAGGGGGUCAUGAUUUGGAUGGUUCGAGGCGUGAAGAGAAUUUUAUGAGGGGUAUGCCAGAUGACAUCUUGGAUCCUGUCUUUUCACGUUCCCAACCUCAAUAUGAGCAACUUGAUCCUUUUCUGAUGGGAGAAAGAAGCUUUUCUCCUAUUCAGAGGAGAGGUCCUCCUCAUGUGCCUCAAAUACGGUCAAAAUCACCUCCAAGAUCCCGAUCUCCUGGUCCAUGGUCAUCUCCUAGACGAUCUCCUGAUGGGUUUGGUGGACACCUAGCCAUGACUCGCCAUAGAUCUCCACUGGUAUAUAGGAUGGAUAGGAUAAGAUCUCCUCAUCAACAUCCUGGGAAUUUUGCUGAUGAUAUGGUGGGUAGAAGGCAUGGUUCCCCCCUGUACAUGCCUCGACCUGAUGAGAUGAGGGAGAUAGGUUCUUCUAGAGAGCAUGAUUAUCCAAGGCCAUUCAUAUCGAAUAGAAGCCCAUCUGGCAGGGUUUUGCCAAGAAACAACAGAAGGUUUGAUAUGAUUGAUCCCCGAGAAAGAACAGAGACUGAAGAAUACUUUGGUGGGCCAAUGCAAUCUAGCCGAUUUCAUGAACUAGGUAGUGAAGGAAGUGUUGAUGAGAGAAGGAAGUGCAAUGAGAGACAUGGACCUGUUCGUUCUUUUAGGCCUCCCUAUAAUGGCACUGAUGUUGAGAACAUCCGUUUUCAUUUUGAGGAUGGUCCUAGGCCUUAUCGGUUCUGUCCAGAAGCUGAAACUGAUUUUCAUGAAAGAGGUGGCUUAAGGGAAAGGGAAUUCGGCAGUCGACUUAAAUCCCGUGCGGGUAAUGCACAUAGAAAAAUGAGUGUUAUUGGAGAACAAGAAGAAAAUUAUAGGCGUGGUGGAGAGGGUUGGAACAACGGUGGUUUUGAUGAUGUUGCUCGGGCGAAAAGAAGAAGAUUCUGAUAGUGUUUAUUUUGGCUUUUUAUGGUCAUUAUAUGGUCUGCUAGUAGCGUCUUAUAUCUAUAGCCUACAAAUCUGUCUUUGCUUGAGUAAAUUAUUUUGGUGGCAUUUAGAAAUUAGAAGCAAAUCGCUAAAUUUUGUGUGCAGUUGACUGAAGUGCUCAAAAUUAUGUCAUUUGCAUCCCUGCUGAUCAACCUAUAAAGAAAUACAGUUUGACCUCAGUUGAACUAUAGUACUUGCAUUAUCGCUGCUACUCCCAACAUAGUAUGCAGCUUAUGGUCUGAUUGGAUCUGUACAUACUGUGGAACCGCUUAGGUUUUGUGUUGCUAUAUAUUCUUGUAAAACACAUUACUUUUAUAUGUCAUGAACUAUGUCAGCUCAUCCUAUAUUCAAAGGACUUCAUUGGGGUUUUAUCAGUUUAUGCAGAUCCUUGGCUGGUGCCACUCUUCCUACC